AUGGUCAAAAACGUAGUUAUCCUCGGCGCCGGAUUUGCUGGUCUGCCGCUGGCCCACAAACUACUUAAGGACACCAUCUCUAAAGUCAAAGAUGCCAAACUCAUACUCAUUUCGGCGUCUACUCAUCUCUAUUGGAACUUAGCCGCGGUCCGGGCCGUGGUGCCAGAUGAGGUCCCUGAGGACAAGCUAUUCCGCCCAAUCGAGGAGGGGUUCGUCAAGUACCCAUCGUCUCAGCUCGAGUUGGUCUUUGGCGAGGCAAAGACAGUUGAUAUUGAUCAGAGUAUAGUCACCGUCAAUAUUGAUGGCGACGAGCGGACUAUCCCAUAUGAGCAGCUGAUCCUCGCGACCGGCUCAUCUCUCUCCACGAACUUGCCCUUGAAACACAUUGGCUCUACAGAGGCAACCAAGGCAGCACUUCAUGACCUCCAAAAUAAGAUCAAGGCUGCGAAAUCGAUAGUGGUUGCAGGGGAUGGCGUCACCGGUGUCGAGACUGCCGGAGAGUUAGCACAUGCGUACGGCGACAAGAAAAGUAUUACCUUUAUCGUCAGAAAUGAUUGGCCCCUCCCAGGCCUGUUGCCUUCUGUGGGCAGGGCCGCUGAGAAGGAGCUCAUCAAUAUGAAGGCAAAAAUCAUCCACAAUGCCUCUGUUAUAGAGAGAGAUAAAAGAGGUAAAAGAGAUAUAUAUAUAAGAAGGUUAGAUAAGAGUAUAAGUAAGAUAUAA